AUGCAGAUUGCGAAGGAAAAGAGACGGAGACAGCACGAUGGAACCAACAAGGUAAAGAAAGAAGGUUCGUUCACUGGAGAAGAAACGCCUGGCCGUGUUUCUGUCGGUGGUCCCCUCUUUUCUUGGCUACUCCGUGGUUUGGUCGUGGUAGUAUCCCGCCGUCGUCGGGAGGACGAUCCUUUCAGGCCCAGCCGUUCUCGCUUGGGAUUCGAGGCUUACAGCGAGUCUCCGCGAUUCUUUUGGAGGCCCAAAGGACAAGGUUCGUAG